CUUGAGAGGAAGAAGAAGCGAACAGAGCCAGGUACUGUAACUUACAGGAUUUAUCGACACUUCUUCUCCUCCUCAGUAGUUGAUGGGAAAGCUAAACUUCUUCUCUGGGCCUGAUACGUGGUGGAAACCAGGACCAAACACUCCGAGCAGCUGAUAGAAACGAUUCCCUCAACUGAAGCGGAUUCAUCUAAUGUGGUGGUUGCUAUUGCUGCAUUCCAGCAUUAUGGUGUACAGUUAAAGACCUAUAAACAUACUGACUCAAGCCAAUAGUGAUAAUAUGCAAUCAAUCAAAACAGAGGUGGACAGCAGUGAGUCCCACAGUGGAGAGGAUGCCUUGGUCCUUGCUGUAGCUAACAGAGAUGUGACAGGCCACAAAACAUCUGAAAUUCCAUUCAAAGCUAAAACUACCUGUCGCAGGAAAAGAGAGUUCAUCCCAGAGGAGAAGAAAGACACCCUUUAUUGGGAGAGGCGUCGCAAAAACAAUGAAGCGGCCAAACGCUCCAGGGAGAAGCGGCGCAUAAACGACAUUGUGCUUGAGAACAAGCUGAUGGCCCUCGGAGAGGAAAACGCCUCCCUCAAGGCUGAGCUGCUGUCGCUGAAGCUGAAGUUCGGCCUGGUGAGCUUGGCAGCAUAUGCCCACGAAGUCCAGAAUUUAUCCAGCUCCACCACCAUCAACCUCUACCAGCCUCUACCCAAUGCUGGCCAAAGUUCUUCCAGCAGGGUUUUGGAGCCUCUUCACUCACGCAGCAGCUGCAUAUCAGUCAUCAAGCAUUCACCUCACACGCCUGAGACACGCACUGCAAUCCAGGACAGCUUGAGUAUCUGCGGGACUACUGAGGUCAAGCAGGAACCAGCAGAGAAUGGCAGGUAUGCACAAGAAAGGAGUAGUCCCUACAGACUCUAUAAUAAGUACGUUGCCAGCCCUCUACCUGGAGUCUACUCCCAGCCUGCUUCAUUCCUGCAGCUCACCAGGUCAUCCAGUAACUCCCCCAGGAACUCAGACGACGGCGCUGUGAGCAAAUCAUCAGAUGGUGAGGACGAGCAGCAGGUCCCCAAAGGGUUGGGGUUGGGGUUGAUGCCAUCUGUAGCUGACCCAAGAAGCGUCAUUGUUUCCACACACAAAGUGCCAGAUGCCAGUUCUUCAGCUUUGCCCCAUAAACUGCGGAUCAAAGCCAGAACCAUCCAAAUCAAAGUGGAGGCCAUCGACCCUGAAUAUGAGUCUUCUGAAACUAACUUCUCAGACGGAGGAUGCUACCGUACCACCGAGGACUCGGAGUACAUCCAGUCCUCCCUCUGCCCGUUGUCUUUACAGGUCACUAACAUGCAGGACUGGAGCCAGCAGUCUGAGCAGUGGCAUAAAAGCAGCACAGAGACACUGCAGAAUGGCAGCCAGAGUAGCAGGCUAACCACAAGCCCUGUGUCAAACAAAACCAUUGUGGAUGUAAAAGAAUGUUCCUAUGCACAUUCAGAUGCUGAGGACUUGUAUGUAAAGCAGGGCCCUUUGGCCUCUGUGAAGAAACUGAUCACAGCACAGCAAGGCUCUGUGAUAGAGUCAACCCAAAGCACCACUGAUCACCACCAGGCGUUAUCCAAAGGAGGUUCCUCUGCAUGACCUUUGUCUGUUUUUUUGCAUUCCCACUGCAUUUGCUGUUGCACUGUGGGGUUGAACAAUGUUUCCAUUACCGUAAAUGUUCAAAUAAAAGGUGAUCAAACAAUAGCUGUUGGAUGAACAAAGGCUGUCUAUAUGGGCUGAAAUAUGUGCAACCAGAAACUGGAUUUGAAUUGCUUAACUUGAAUAAUUGCAUUAAGAAACUGAAUUUGAAUCACAUAAUUUGAAUUUAUAUUGUAUGAUUUGAAUUUGUAUUGUAUAAUUUGAAUCAUUGCAUUGAAAAACUGUAUCUGAAUUGUAAUUUAAAAUUUAAUUUAUUAGUUUGGAACUGAACAUUCAGUUCUCACAAUUUAAAUUCAGUUUGCAUAAUUUAAUUUCAAUGUUAUGUGACGAACAUCUGGGUAGUUGAGGCAGAGCAAUCAAUCUCAAUUCUGUUCGUUGCAGAAAAUUGAAAUUGAAUUUUUCGAAUUGAAUUCGCAUUGUGAGAACUGAAUGUUCAGUUCCAAACUAAUAAAUUUCUAUAUUACAAUUUAGAUUCAGUUUUUCAAUGCAAUGACUUAUACGAUUCAAAUUCAAAUUAUGUGAUUCAAAUUCAGUUUUAAAUGCAAUUAUUCAAGUUAAGAAAUUCAAAUUCAAAUAUAAAUAAUUCAAAUUCAGUUUCUGGUGGCACAAAUUUCACCCCAUAUGUCUGCUUGUAUAGGCUGAUUAAAAACAUUGAGGAGGGUUGGAGUUACCUGCACUGUAAUAGUUCAUAUGGUAAAUUGAGUAACAUGUACUGUACAAUACCAAAGCAGUUAUUAAAUCAGCACAACAGUCAUGUCAAACUCACCACUCUGCUCCUCAGAGUGACUCUUCUCUCACACAAAUGUAGUUUUAAUUAACUAUUUAAUUCCACCUGCUUCUCCUUUGGUGUUUUUCCCUGCCAUUAAGUUAGUGACAAUAAAACUCAAAACAAGUUUUUAUAUUGAUAACCUACCACAAGUAGUCAAGAUUAUGACCUUAAGACAAAACUUGUGACACCUUCUGAAUUUUUUUAUUCCAUGUAUUACCUUGAGUGCACUGCAAAUUAUUUGUUUUUUUACCAAGAUAAAAAAAAAGUGUUUAUCUUGUUAUAAGAGUUAAUUUCCUAUUUUAAGUCAUUUCAACAUGAUUAUUUCUAGAUGUAACAAUCUUAAUUUAAGAAAUCUUGUCAAGGUAAAUUAUCUGUCCAUGCAGCAAGAUCAUUUCUCUCAGAUUUUGUGUUUUUAUCUUGUUUUUAGACACACCUUUUUUGCAGUGCAGGCUGGAAGGCUUUAAUGCAACAAAAAAUAUUAACAGUAGCUUAAUGAGGCAUUGGGAAAACAACAGUCAAAGUCAAAGCUGGUGCAAUUCAUUGGUGAUUGAAAACUGUAAUUUCUGUUAGAAAACACUUGGUGAGUGAAAAGCUCCAGAAUUUACAAAAAAUUGUUGGUGUGUGACAGACGUCAUCAGUGUGCAGGAUAUUAACUUUUAUUUUAUGUUCAUGACUACUGCCACUGAACACUGUUCUGCUUUGAUUGUGUAAAGCAGGAAAAAGCCCUAGUUCUUUUACAGCUACAUUACAUGUUCAGCUGAGGGCAGUUUGGCCAUUCUUUGCUUUAAAGCUUCAGUCGAUUAACUUGUGUAUUAUGGUUAUUUUAUCCAUUUGUAUUCUGGUGUGUUGACAGCUUUACAGUGGAAACACAGUCUUCUUUAAGAAGGAAUGGUCUGUAGUGCUUUAUUUUAUGGGUUUGUAAUUUCUGAAAAACGUCAAAACAUUUCCUGGAAAGAAUAUUGAAAUUUGGUACUAAUUCUGCCCUACCGAGCCUAACUGCAGUAACUACAU